AACUAACAAUCUCACAAGAAGAAGCAAUGGUACACUCUCGUUUUCUAAACAUUGUUUUAGUCAUUGUGACCAUUGCCUCCAUAUUCUCCACAUUUGCUGAGGCCAAUAGGGGUUUUGGCUCAGGCUGGGGUUGGGGUACGGGUUCAAGUGGUUCAGGUUCAAGCCCAGGAUUCGGAUGGGGUUGGGGAUCUAGCCAAAAUGGCUCAGGCUGGGGUUGGGGUUCCGGUUCAAGUGGUUCAGGUUCAACCCCCGGUUUGGGAUGGGGUUGGGGCUCUAGCCGAAACGGCUCAGGCUGGGGUUGGGGUACGGGUUCAAGUCCUUCAGGUUCAAGCCCAGGUUCGGGAUGGGGCUUGGGUUCUAACCGAAAUGGUUCAGUUGGGGGUUGGGCUUGGGGCUGGGGAGCGGGAGGUCAUUCAAAAAGAUAUAAUGCCACCUACAAUGCACCAAGAAAAAUCAUUGUCGGUGGAGACAAAGAGUGGACAUAUGGUGUCAAUUACUCUGACUGGGCUUCUAAGACUGCUCCCUUCUUUCUCAAUGACAUACUUGUGUUCAAAUACAACCCACCAGCUCCGUUCACGCACAGCGUCUACUUGCUUCCCGACCCUUCCAGCUACGAGAAGUGCGAUGUGAAGAAAGGAAAGAUGCUUGCAUCCCCGAAACAAGGUGCUGGAAAUGGCUUUGAGUUUGUUCUUACAAAAAUGAAGCCUUACUACAUUUCAUGCGGCGAGCACGACGGUGCUCACUGCAGCAACGGCACCAUGAAGUUCACUGUCAUGCCGAUCCUCCCCCCUUGGUAAUUUGGUAUUAAAGCCAACGUCAAAAGUAUAAAAGGAUUAGGUUUUUAUUUCGUUGUUGUUGUCUUCAAUAAAUGAGACUAUUAUUAUUAAUGGGUGUUACCAUAUUCAUAUUU